AUUACCUCAAGUAAUGUUACAUUUACCUGAGGGGAUGUUACCUCCCGCGAGCAGCAGCAGCAGGAGAUGGGCGACUUCCGAGACAUCAGAGGCUUCUUCACCAAGGCCGAGUGGAGCGAUCUGGCCGAGUGCGAGAAGCGGCGCUACAGGAACAUCAAGCAGAACCACGCCGUCCUGCUGAACCUCGGGAUGAACCCGGCCCAGCCCGAGUUCAUGCGCGCACGUGGCAAGCGCAGGGUGAGGGGGAAUGGAGCGGAGUGCGGGCGGUCGAGCGACUCCGACGAGGAGUGGACGGGGAGGAGGAAGAGGAAGGAGGUGGCGAUGCACGGAGGACGAAGAGGUGGAGGCAAACGAGGAGGCAAGGGGGCUGCUUCACGCUGGGCCACCGUGGGAGAGUCGCACGCGAGGGCAGCUCCCAGCAAGCGCAAGACUAAAGCGGAAGCCCUGGAGUACGUGUGGAGCAUCUUGCAGGGCGUGGAGGAGGAGCAGCAGCAGCAGGAGGAGGAGUCCAGGGGAUUUGAGCUGAGGGAGGUGCACAAGGCCAGGAUGGCGAUGUUCAGGCUGGAGCGCAGAGCUACCGCCUGCAAAGAGGCCCUGAGGGUGGCGCUCCAGAGGAUACAUGGAGGCUCCUCCGUGCCGCGGCCUCCGCACAGGCUGUGGCGGUGUCGCGCAGCGCUCGCUCUCUUCUGCGAGCUGUGCAGGGAUUUCUACCUGGCGGAGUGCUCCGUGCACGGCCCGCCAGAGUUCAUCGCGGACGCGGCCGUUGGCCCCGGGAGUGGCCAACAGGGCCCGGCUCAGCCUGCCCCAGGGCCUCACCGUCGGCGCCCUCCUCCAUCGCCGGCGCCGGCCUCGGGGUUCGUCAACUGCGCGAGGAAUGAGCAGGAGCAGAACCUGGUGGCCUUCCAGCACAGGGGGCAGAUUUACUACCGCACGUUCCGUGCCGUGGGGCCCGGCUCUGAGCUGCUGGUCUGGUACGGCGAGGAGUUCGCCCAGGAGCUGGGCAUCGCCUGCGAGGCCGGGCCCUCGCGACGCCGCAGCAGCAGCAGCAACGAGAUGGCUCCCAGGGCCACCGCCAGAGACCUGCAGCCCGUGCAGCCUCCACCAAGCGAGGAACACC